AUGCUGUGCGCACUCAAACAAGGGCGCCGCCGCCUCCUGGGGCUGGCGUCCUCCCAGGCUGAGGCCGCGGGCGUGCGCAUCAUCGGCGGCACGCCGUCCUCGGGCGCGGCCAAGCCGGAGCCGAAGCCUCUGUCGCAACUCCAGGAUUCCUUCCUGCAGGGCAACAACGCCCAUUACGUCGACAACCUGCACGAGAUGUACAAGGAAGAUCCCACCAGCGUCGACAGCACGUGGGCGAGCUUCUUCAGGGCCCUCGACGCCGGGGUUCGCCCCGAGGCCAUCUCCGAGGCGUACCACCUGCACCGCCACGGCCACAAGGCCCACUCGAGCAUGCUCCAGACCACCCCGCAGUCCGUGCACGACGCCCUCAACCUCGUCAUGCUCAUCCGCGCCUACCAGGUCGCGGGGCACGUGGUGGCCAAGACGGACCCGCUGGGGCUGCACAAGCGGCCGAUGCCGGAGAUCCUGGACCCCGCGUUCUACGGCUUCGACGACGGCGACCUCGACCGGGAGUUCACGACGGGCGUCGAGCACGCGACGGGGUUCCUCGGGGAGGCGAGCGGCGCGCACACGCUGCGCGACAUCUUGGACGGGCUGCGGCGGACGUAUUGCGGGUCGAUCGGCAUGGAGUACAUGCACAUCCCUGACCGCGACCGCUGCAACUGGAUCCGCGACCGCCUGGAGUCGCUGCACGAGUUCUCGUACCCGAAGGAGCGGCGGCUGCACAUGCUGGACCGCCUGGCGUGGUCGGAGCACUUUGAGAGCUUCCUGGCGAACAAGUACACGGCGGCGAAGCGGUUCGGGCUCGAGGGCGCGGAGACGCUCGUGCCGGGGCUGAAGGCGAUGAUCGACCUGGCCGCGGAGCACGGCGCGGAGCACGUGGUGAUGGGGAUGCCCCACCGCGGGCGGCUCAACAUCCUGGGCAACGUGGUGCGGAAGCCGCUGGCGCAGAUCUUCCAGGAGUUCUCCGGGAAGGACAUGACGGAGGGCGAGGACGGGUUCUUCGGGAGCGGCGACGUGAAGUACCACCUGGGCACGUCGUACGACCGCCCGACCUUCUACGGCAAGAAGAUCCACCUGAGCCUGCUCGCGAACCCGUCGCACCUCGAGGCGGUCAACACGGUCGUGCUCGGCAAGGCCAAGGCGAAGCAGUUCUACAGCGCGGGCGGCGACACGAAGAAGGUGGUCCCCAUCCUGCUGCACGGCGACGGGGCCUUCUCCGGGCAGGGCAUCGUGUACGAGACGCUCGACAUCUCGACGGUGCCGGAGUACGACGUCGGCGGCGUGAUCCACGUCGUCGUGAACAACCAGGUCGCGUUCACGACGGAGCCGAAGCACAAGCGCUCGAAGAACCCCUACACGUACUGCACCGACGUCGCGCGCGGGCUGAACGCGCCGAUCUUCCACGUGAACGGCGACGACGUGGAGGCGGUCGUGCGCGUGUUCGAGAUGGCCGCGGAGUGGCGCCAGACGUGGGGCGAGGACGUGGUGAUCGACCUGAUGUGCUACCGCCGCUACGGGCACAACGAGAUCGACGAGCCGAUGUUCACGCAGCCGGAGCUGUACGCGAAGAUCAAGCGGCACCCGAACCCCUUCGACAUCUACCGCAACAAGCUCGUGUCGGAGGGCAUCGUCCGCGAGGAGGAGGCCAAGAAGAUCUCGGGCACCGUGCUGGACAUCCUGGGCAAGGAGUUCGAGGCGUCCAAGAGCUACGUGCCGAAGAAGAAGGACUGGCUCGCGUCGUACUGGGCCGGGUUCAAGUCGCCCGACCAGCACGCGCGCAUCAAGGAGACGGGCGUGCCCGCGCAGAUGGUCGAGGAGGUGGGCAAGCGCAUGACGCACAUCCCCGACGACUUCACGCCGCACCGCGCGGUGAAGAAGCUGUACGAGGCGCGCCGCGCGGCGCUGACGGACCAGCAGGGCGACGUGGACUGGGGCACGGCGGAGGCCCUCGCCUUCGGGACGCUCGUGAGGGAGGGCUUCCACGUGCGCCUGUCGGGGCAGGACGUCGAGCGCGGGACCUUCUCGCACCGCCACGUGGUGAUCCACGACCAGCAGACCGGCGCGAAGCACUGCGCGCUGGACGGCGUGUACGACGGGCAGCCCGCGGGGCAGUUCAGCAUCAUGAACUCCCCCCUCUCGGAGUUCGGGGUGCUGGGGUACGACCUGGGGUACUCGCUCGAGAACCCCAACUCGCUGGUGAUCUGGGAGGCGCAGUUCGGGGACUUCGCGAACGGCGCGCAGAUCAUCUUCGACCAGUUCCUGUCCUCGGGCGAGGCCAAGUGGCUCCGGCAGACGGGCCUGGUGUGCCUGCUCCCGCACGGGUACGACGGCCAGGGCCCCGAGCACUCCUCCGCCCGCCUCGAGCGGUUCCUCCAGGCGUGCGACGAGGACCCGUACACGCUCCCCGACAUCGAGCAGGCGCAGUGGUUCCGCGGCGGCCACCUCGGCGCGCAGACGCAGCAGAUCAACUGGCAGGUGUGCAACAUCACCACGCCGGCCAACUACUUCCACGCCCUGCGCCGCCAGGUGCACCGCGAGUUCCGCAAGCCGCUCAUCGUCAUGUCGCCCAAGGCGCUCCUGCGCCACCCGGCCUGCAAGUCCAAGACGUACGAGUUUGACGACAUCCCCGACGACGAGCACAUCAUCGGCGUGCGCUUCAAGCGCCUCAUCAUGGACGACAAGGCCACGAGCCGCGCGCCGCACCCGCCCCCGAUGGAGGGCUACAAGCGCCUGAUCUUCUGCUCGGGCAAGCUCUACUUUGAGCUCGCCGAGCAGCGCGCCAAGAACGGCCAGGAGGACGAGGUCGCGAUCUGCCGCAUCGAGCAGCUCGCGCCGUUCCCCUUCGACCUCGUCUCCCGCGAGAUGCGCCGCUACCCCAACGCGGACAUCGUCUGGGCGCAGGAGGAGCCGCUGAACAUGGGGGCGUACAUGUUCGUGGUGCCGCGGAUCAACUCGUGCAUCCGCGCGCUCGACCGCCACACCACGGGGCGCCUCAAGUACGCCGGGCGGCCGCCCGCGGCCGCGACGUCGACGGGGUACGUGGACGUGCACCGGAAGGAGCAGGCGAAGCUGAUCGACCAGGCGCUGGACUUGUCGCACUCGCACUCGUAG